CAGCAACAAUUGAGCUAACUCGAGCAUAGAAAGAAAGCAAAUCAACUAAAAAUAAACUCCAAUACGAGCACACCUUUAGUAUGUGCUAAUGAUAGGCGAAAAAAAAUUCAAAGGGCAAUUGCUUUGGGUCAUCAACUCAUCUGUGAUUAAAAUAUAUUGAAACCAUUUCUAAAAUAACAUAACCUCAACUUAACAUACGUUGUAGGUAAUAACUCAUAACUUUAACAGAAAUUACUGAAUUACGAUUAAAUUUUAAAUUAAAAGUAUGAAUAAUUAUUUAAACCUUUCUAAACAAGCAUUGAAUCAAUUGGAAAAAGUAAAAGUUGUUAAUCUUGUGUUGGGAAAUCCUACCUGUGAUUUAGAUUCUGCGAUAUCUCCAAUAAUAUAUAGUUACUUAAUUCAUAAAGAAGUUGAAAAAUGCGGACAAGAAAAUGAAAUAGUUAUACCGGUUCUGAACAUUCCAGAAGAAGAUUACCCUCUAAAAACCGAAGUUAAAUAUUUCUUAGAAACAAAAAAAAUUUAUCAACAGAAUCUCACUUUUGCUGAUCAAAUAAAUUUAAAUGAAUUUAAGUCAUGUGAGCUACGAAUACAUUUAACAGAUCAUCAUGUGUUAACUAAAGAUUGGAUUAAUUUAAAGUCACACGUUAAAAGUGUAAUCGAUCAUCGUCCACAAGAUUCCAAUUGGUUAUGGUCAGAUAUUUAUACCAAUAUUGAACCUGUGGGAUGUUGUGGAACAUUAAUUGCUCAAGAAAUAUUGAAACGAAUGCCACAAAUUUUAACUCAAGAAAUUGCAGAAUUACUACAUGGUGUCAUAGUUUUAGAUACUAUAAAUUUUUCUCCAGAAGCUCAACGCUUUACAACUACGGAUAUUGAAACUGUGAAAUUUUUACAAGAAAAAUUUAACAUAACAAUCGAUAAUAAAUCAUUAUUUAAUGAAUUGGUCGCAGCUAGAAAUGAUAUUUCACAUUUAACAUCAUAUCAAUUACUUCGCAAAGAUUUAAAAAUUAUCCAUGGAAAUGUUGCAUUACCAGGUUUUCCAAUACUAGUCAGGGAUUUUAUCAAAAAAUCAGAUGCACUCAAUGCAAUUAAUGAUUUCUGUAAUAAAAAUAAAUUUGAUGUUGUUAUUUUAAUGGGAUUGUUUAUUCAAAAAGAUGGCAAGAUUAUACGAGAUUUAGGAAUAUAUUCUCAAAAUUUUAAUUGUGAUCUCAAAAUACGAAUUGUAAAUGUAAUCAAAGAAUGUGAAGAACUUCAGGCAAAGGAAUGCGAAUCAUGUAUUCCUGGAUUUGUGUUAUUUGCUCAAAAUAAUGUUAAAAUGACCAGAAAAACUAUUUUACCAAUUAUUGAAAAAACAAUUAUUAAAUAA